AUGGACCUACAAAGAAAAAGUUAUUGAAAUAGUUAGCAAUUUUAACUACCUUGGUAUUGUUAUGUUAAGUGGGGGCUCAUUUAUACCUGCCACUAAUAAACUUUAUGGUAAAGCUACAAGGGCUAUGAAUUCACUUUUUUGUAUUACAAAAUUUAUGGAAGUGCCAAUAAAUGUUAUGUUCAAGCUAUUUGAUUCAUAUGUAUUAUCAAUCCUUAAUUAUAAUUGCGAAGUAUUGGGAUUUAUUGCGGCAACUAAUAUUGAACGUAUUCACAGAAAGUUCUGUAAACGACUGUUAAAUGUAAAACUAUCAACAAAUUCAAUGUCACUCUAUGCCGAAUUUGGUCGAUUUCCUUUAUAUAUUGGUAGAUACCUACGAAUUUUCAUCCACUUCAUUACUUUUUUUUAUAAGGAACUUAAACCUGUAUUUGAAAGAUCAGUGUAUUUAGAUGUCAUUGACAAUAACAAACAUAGAAACAUGAUUGCUAAAAUACGUCUAUCGUCACAUAACCUGUUAAUUGAAACUGGUAGACAUUAUAACAUUAUCAGAAAUGAAAGACUUUGUAAUGUUUAUGUGUCCAAGUCGCACGGAUACCCGGCGAGCUGCUAUCAUACGGAGGUGUUGACUGCGACGGACCACAGUCAGGCUGUCCACCAUUGUGUCCGACAUCCCACGACGGCCUCGGCGAUAGGCGAUAAUACCUCUGUCAUUCUUCGUGGGAGACUUAGCCGUUAA